CCUCUCAAUCGCACCCGAACCUACUACCCCUCGCUACCGCGAUUCACAAGACUCUUACACAAACAACCACCAUCUCAAACAUGUCAGCUCAGCCAGAGAACCAACAGAUGGAGGGCGUCCAGGACCCCGCUACCGAUGUCAAGGGCAAGGGCAAGGCUCAAGAGGGCGAGACUGUCGAGGAGUCCAUGGACGACGACUCCAGCGACGAGUCUGGUGCUGAGGACCAGGCCGGCGAACCCGAGGAGCCUGAUGAGGAUAACAUGGAGGAGAUUGACACGUCCAAUGUCCUGCAAAGCCGCACGCGCGGUAAGAACAUCGACUUUGCCAAGGCCAACCAGGAGCUCGGCGACGAGGACGAAGAGGAUGAUGACGAGGACUUUGUCGACCCCGAUGACCAAAUGAAGGACUAGAGUGGAGUUGCAUCGUCAACUUCUGUCUUUCGGACUUCUUCGGCGCGUUCGACCAAAUCUUUGCGAGCUCCGUAUUCUGGCUAGGGUUAUGAUAUACGCACAAAAGGCAUUUGGGUAGCGGGGAAAAGACUCUUACCGACGUUGGAGUCGCGGCGCGACUUUUCGCGAUUGAGGCAGCUGGACAUGGAGCUAUGUGCACGUUGAUGUGUAACAUGGACUGUGGACUGGAUACCUCGCGCAUACACAGCACUGGCAUGCGUUAUGAAUGAAAACAAGAAUACCC